AUGGUGAUGGAGUGGCUUUCUACUCAUGGUUUUGAUGAAUAUAAGAAACAUUUUGUUGGUCUUGAUGGAUCCAUGUUAGAGUCCCUAACAAAGGAUACACUUGUUGAUGAAAUGAAUAUUCCGACUGGAGUGGCAAUCAAAUUGAUGAGAGAAUUAGAUCGAACACUCACCACAAAAAGCAAUGUAAAUAAUACAACUUCUCCAUCAUCACUGACAACAAUUAAUAGUCCUUCUACCCCACAUACUCCUCAGAUUGAUGAAGAUGUUGCCAUUAAAAAGUGUUUGAGUAAAUUGGAUAAAUUGAAAGGUUUGCAAAACUUGUCAGAUAAACAGAAAAAGGACAAGGCAAAGAAUUUAGUCGUCAAGAAGCAUCUCUUAAACAGUUAUUUGAAUAAGGAUUUUGUUGCAACAAAAAAGACGAUUACAGAAUUGAUCAAUGAUGAUACAACCUCAUCCCCUUCUUCAAAACCAAUUGGUAGAUCACCACCUUCUACAACAUCACAUCUCGGAUCAAUUAUCCCUUCAAGUAGAGCUCCAAAUAUUGCUUCCAAUAUUGCUGAAGAUGGUAACAAUUCUGCGGUUGAUGAAGAAGAAAGGAGAGAUUUACAAAAAAUGGAAAAUGAAAUUUCUGAUCUGCAAACUAAUAAGAAUUAUAUAAUUAAGGAUGAAGAAUUUUUAAAGGUCAAAUUAGUAAUUGUUGAACUACAUAGAACUGCUGCUCAAAGAAAUUUCAGAAAAUUCCUUUCUCCAGUUUUAGAUACAUUCAAUGUUGUUCCUCAAUUUGGACUCUUUCACUCUGCUCUAGUAGUAGGACCAUGGUAUUUAGAGUGGAAUGACUCAUCAUUAAUUGUACCAAGAAAAUGCUACUCUGGUGCUGCUGUACUAGCUGCUGACGUGGAUAGAUGCUUCCAUGGACCACAGGUUGGAGAAGCCCUCGAAAAGAUUAGUAAUGUAAUUUGUGAGUGGAAUAUGAACAUGAUGUAUUCUCAAAAGAAGGCUAACUGUCAACAUUUUGUUGACGAACUUUGUAGAGUAUUGGGUUUGGAGCUCAAGUUUAAAGGAGCCCUUCAUGACUAUUGUGAGAAAUUAAGAACAAAUGGAAGUUGCGAGUUGAAUUAUACAUUACCAAAGGAAGUGAAAGAAAAGUUUGGUUUUACUCAAGAAGUUUUCAAAUUCACCACUCAUACUGAACUAGAUGAAUUUGUCAAUACAAUUUUAAAGAAGGAUCCUCUCUUUUUUGAUAAGGGAAGGCAAGAUGAUUGGCUACUCUUGAAGAGUUUUGAUAGAGCUUUUUGGUUGAGAUAUUACAAAAACAAAAAGUCAGAAGAAUUCAAACCUUGUUCUUCUGGUUGUCCAUUUUCUGAUCCAGCCACCUCUGGCAGUAUUAUGGAAAACUUUUUCACUUAUGGAAAAAAGAGAUAAAUAUUUAUUGCACAAAA